UCUAGUUUUUGGAUGGUUCUGUGUGGAGCCAGGAGUCGGAUUCGAUGAUCCUUACGGGUCCCUUCCAACUCUGUCGUGCUAUGGCUGCGCCCGCCUGCCGCACAGUCCGGGGCAGCCACAAGAUGGCGACGUGCAGCCGCCGCCCGAGCAGAACCCGCCCGCUCCCGCGGCAACCGCCCCACGCGCUUCCUACCCGCCGGGCGCGGCGGCGAUGAGGGCGGCCAACAGCCAGCAGCCGGCGGGGGCGGCCCAGGAGGAGGACAGCGAUGGCCGCAGCGAGACGGCGGGAGGCGGGCAGCCCCGUGAGCGCCCCGUCCCCUCCUCUCGCCUUCCCCGGCCCGCUACCCCCGGCUCUCCCGUCCCCGCAGCUGGUAAGAACUUUUUGUAUGUUGAGCCAUCUAAGAGAGUUAAAGAAAUACUUGAAGAAGAGCUCUGUUUCUGGAAAGAAGAAUGCCACAUUAGACAUCCAGCUGCAGUGGCUCUGGAAGGAAUUUGGAGUGUGAGAAAGAAUUUCUCCAUUGGAGGCCUGCAACCAGCAUCACAGAACAGAAAUGGUUUACUUUUACCACCUCAGUUCUACUCAAGGCAUGUAGGAAUGAAAAAGUGAUUUUAAGUUCCAGCAGAAAAUCAUAAUGUAGUUGAAGAGAUGCCUUAACGUUUCUUAAUAUGCAUUAAGCUCAGCAAUUCCUGGGCCAAGAGUUUGUGAUUCAAUAUCGAGCUCAAUUUAAUAAAAGUUUAACAUAAAAAAAGCCUGUGAUGUCUCUGUUUAUGUAAGAGCUAUCAUAGUGGCAGCCUGGAACCUAAACUAACCUGUCACUUAACUCCCACUUGUAACCAUUACCAUCGUGAGGUAAUACCAAAUGAUCAUUUGUUUGUAUUUAUUGUAUUGUAACAGUACUUAGGAAAUAAUCAUGGAUCCUUCAAGGUACUUUGCAAGAACAGAACAAGAGAGAGCUUUGUGGCUGAUUGGGAGAGGACCCAGAGGACUGGCAGAAAGUCCAUAUCACUCCUGUCUUCAAGCAGGGCUGGAUGGAGGAUUUAGGGAACUGCUGGCUGGUUAGCUUUCCUGCAGUCCACGGGAAGAUGAUGAAGCAAAUAAUCCUGGAAGGCAUUUCCAAACAUAUGAUGGACAAGAGGGUGGUUGGGAGUAGCCAGCAAGGAUUUAGGAAUGGGAAAUUGUGUUUGACAAACCUGAUAGCCUUCUGCAAUGAGAUGGUUAGCCUGGUGGGUGAGGGGACAGCAGCUGAUGUUGUUUACUGUGUCACAAGCCUUGCUGGAGCCUCUGUCUGCCCCAACAGCCUCACUGACAACUGAUGAAGUACAGGUUAUAUAGAUGUACAGUGAGGUAGGUGGAAAGCUGGCUGAAGUGCCAAGCUCACAAGGUUGUGAUGGGUGCCAUAAAGUCUGGCUGGAGGAGAGUCACUGGCUGAGAAAACCAAGAGCUGACUGUUUAACAUAGUUAUUAUGUAGUGACCUGGACAAUGGGACAAAGUUCUUCCUCACCAAGUUUGCAGCGAAUGCAAAAUGGCAAGAAGCAUUUGAUACACCAGGUAGGUGUGCUGCCAUUCAGAGGGAACUCUACAGGCUUCAGAAUUGGGCAGAGAAUAACUUCAUGAAGCUCAGUCCAGGGAAAUGCCAAGUCCUGCGCCUAGGGAGAAAUAAUCCUUUGCACCAUGACAGGCUGGAGAACCACAGGCUGGAAAGUAGCUUGGCACAGGUGGGGGUUCUGCAGCAAUGGCUGGCGGCCUCUUGGAAUGCCUUAGAAAGAUUGUUGCCAUCACGUUGAGAAAUGUGAUCUUUCACUCUGCACAGCACUGGUGAGAUACCUCUGGAGUGCUGGGUCCAGUUCAGGAGAUAUACUCAAGUUAAGUCCAGCCAGUAGCCAUGAAGAUGAUUAAGGGAUGUUACUGAAGACAUGCUGAGAGCUAGGAGUGCUUAGCACUGAGAUGAGGAAGCUCAGGAGAAAUAUGUACUGAAGGGGGGGCAAGCAGAGUCAGUCCUUAUCAGGCUUGAAAGUAGAUUUCCAUGAUGAAGAAGGUGGGAAGCUCAUGACCUCUGGCACCAGUAGGAAGGGUCCUUUUCUGCCCACAGAUUGGCAGCUACAGAAUAGCUUCGGUGCUGUAGAAGCAGAUGAGGGACCUGAAGCUCUCUCUGGCAAAGCAACUGAUGGCUGAACCUGUACCAUGCAGGGGGCCAUAAUACUAGUUGGAGGCUCCCUGCUGCAGGGAUGGAGGACCACGUUUUCUGUCCCAAAUUGACACUGAGGAAAUGUAUUGUGCGUUUGCAGAUGACACCAAGCUGGGAGGAAGUGCUGAUCUGCCUGAGAGUAGGAAGGCUCUACAGAGGGAUCUGGACAGGCUGGAUUGCUGGGCUGAGGCCAGAAUUCUUUCCAGGCAUCUGUCCUGCAAUAACAUAAACAAAUGUUAUUGUCUUCUUAAAGGAGGGAACUGUUUUGUACAAUGAAGAAAAUGAACUGAUGGAUAAUUUAAAGCCAGAGUUGAAAAGUUCCUUAUUCCCAGUGUCAUCUCAAACUCAAUAAUUCAUGUCUUUCCUAAGGUGUGGUUUUAAGAGGUGGAAUGGGAUUUGUUUCUGGGAAUCCAAGAUCCUAUUUAAGCCACACUGAUUAUUGUUAAGAAGAAAGAGUCAGUGCCAACUUUGUACAACUAAACUUUCUGUUUGUGUUUUUGUUUCUUUUUUUACAAUUAUAUGUGGAUGAAAUAGGAUAUUUGUUCUUUGAUUGCCUGAAAGUUUUCUCUAAUACUGAAAAAAAUGUUUACUUUUGCAGCAGUGAGAAGGAAAACAAAUCUAACUUAGCUGGUUUGAAGCCAACUCUUUUUCAGCAUUUCUGUUUGACUUCUAAAUUAAAACAAAAAUAUUGGCACUUGAAAAUUGCACCUGAGGCUCUAGAGGAUUUACAGCUUUUGAAAACAUUCUCACUUUUUAGAUGCAAAUUUGAUCAUGAACCACACAAUGAUGUUCGAAAAACGCCGGCUUAACAGAUAGAGGCUUUGAAUAACCUUGUUGCAUCUCAGUUCUUGCUUCAUUUUUAUUCAGGCCUCCUCCUGCAGCUUUCUCAUUCUCAGGCAUUAUUUUCUUCAUGAUCUUCUUUUAAAACUUGCCAAAUGAAAAGAUUUUCUGGGUUCAUCCU